AUGCUUGCUCGCCAGUGGGCUGAGCUGAAUGCUUUUGCUGCCUCCUUCGGUCUCGGCGCCGGUAACAAUGAUGACGCCUCCAGCGCCGGCAACGGCCUCAACCCCGACGACGGCAACGACAGUCGCAACGCCCACCCUGGUGCCCAGCCGCCUCAUCACCAAUUCCAGCAUGAGCCCUCGCAACACCAUCACCGUCACCACCACCAGCCGCAGCAGGCUCACCACCACCACGGCCACGGUCAGGGCCCUACCGUCGGUACGCUAGUUCUGCCCGAAUACGCCGGAUUUGACUUUGAUCCCCAGCAGGACUGGUCACGCUUCGCCUUCGAUGGCCCCGAUACCCCUGCCGCCCCUGCCGUCCCUGCCGUCCCUGCUGUCGCGGCACCCGUCCAGCAGCCUCAGCAGCAGCAGCAGCAACCGCUGCAGCAUCAGCAGCAGCAAGCCGGCCAUGGCGUCGCCGGCCCUCAGCUCGUCCACCAUCACCACCACCACCAUCAUCACCAUGUCCAAUCCACUCCCUCCGGAUUCGCCUCCGACGCCAUGGACUGGACCCCCACCCAGGAGCUCGGUACCGACUUUGCCUCCAACUUUGGCAGCGGCUCAUUGCAGCAGCCUCAGCUCCAGGACGCGACGGCCACGAUCAAGAUGGAACCCGAUUACGCGCAUCACCGGUCGAACGGCGUCUUGGACCCGCCCUCUUCCUCCGCGGCACAUCACCAGCACCAGACACAGCACCGGCAGCCUCCCUUGCGCUCGCGGCCUACCGGUACGCCCGCGAUGACGGACGGUGCAAGUCCCAUGCCCAUGCCCAUGCCCUUGCACCAGCAGCCCUCGUCGCCGCCGCCGCAGCAGCACCCGCACGUGAUACCGUUCGGCACCUUUGAUGCUGCCGUCGGGACUGCUUCGCACCCCGCGCCCUUUGGCGCCCACUCAUUUGCCGACGCCGGCCCCCACGUCCCCACGGCCGACGACAUCUUCGGCAGCCUCGACGGCUUCGUCGCACAGAGCAGCCACGACGAGAGCAGCCACCGCCAUCACCACCACCACCACCACAUGUCGGCGAGCCCCAUGGCCUCAUCACCGGCACCCGCAACUCCGGCACCUGCCACCGCCGUCGCCACACCUGGCUUUGCCUCCUGGGCCGCUCCUGUUGAGCAGCACCACCAGCCGCAGACGCAUCCUACGAAUCCAUUCCACCAGCACCUGACCCCUCAACCUUAUACCCCGAACCCCUACACGUCCCAGCCCUCCCCGGUGGCGGGCGGACAUCCCGGGAGAGUCACCAGCCCCGGCGGCGGUUACUUCCCGCCAUGCCUCCCCUCGACCCCGAUGCAGCCCUCCAUGACGCCGGAGCCCAAGCUUAAAGAGUCUACCCCUCAGCCUUCCGGCAGCGGCAGCCGCCCUCAUGCGCGGGAGCAGGUGUCUGCCGAAUCUUGGGAGGAGCACAAGGCCGUCAUUCACGACCUGUACCUGGAGCAGCGGAAGCCCCUCAAGGAAGUCAUGGCCAUCAUGGCCGAGAAGCACAACUUCCACGCAACCCCCAAGAUGUACAAGACUCGUUUCUCGCAGUGGGGAUUCGUCAAGAACAAUACCGAGGACGAGGUCAAGAAGCUCCUGUCGAUGAAGUUUCAGCGCGACGCGGAAGGCAAGGUGUCGGAGUUUGUGCGCAACGGCAAGAUCAUCAACCUCGGCACCUACCUCAAGAGGAAGGGUGUGACGGAGUACGACCUGGUCGACUUUGAGCUGCCGGUCGACCUGCCGUCCCACAUCCGGUGCCGGACGCCGACGCCGCCGCCCGCACCCGACUACCUCGGCACGCCUGACCUGGUGCGCGCUCAGGAGCUGGUCGUGACCAACAUGCGCAAGGCCUUCCUGCAGUGCCGCCAGUGGGAGACGGAGACGAGCAAGGCUGUCGGGUGGACGUCGACCAUGGUGUGGGGUGCUCCGUCCAGCGAGAUGCUGACUGAGGCCAACUUCUACUUCGAGGCCGGCGACGCCGACUCGGGCGGCCAGUGCCUGAUGAACGCCUUCAACCAGCUGGAGAUGGACCUGAAGCAGCUGUCGCCGCAGGCCAUGAUGGAGAUGCUGCUGGGCAUGGUGCGGCGGGACGCGGGCCUGAUGACGGCGCUGUGCAAGUACGUGGCGGCGUUUGCGACGACCAACUACGACCGGUCCCACCCGCUGCGGCAGAUCCUGACGUGCCUGUACGAGGUGCAGCAGAAGCACGGGGCCAUGAUGGUGUCGGAGCUGCUGUGGGGCAGCGCGCCCAUGGUGGCCGAGGAGCUCGAGGCCAUCUACGGCCGACGGCACCCGUACGCGGCGCGGACGUGGAUCGACCUGGCGCUCUUCUACGACCAGCGCGACGGCGAGCGGCUGGAGCGGCUGGCGGCGGAGCUGCGCGAGCAGCACAAGCAGAUGGAGCGGCGCAAGGAGAGCAGCGAGCCGAGCGACCUGCUGGCGCUGCGGUACGCCGUCUGCCAGCUCCUGUACGCGGCCAGGCCGACGUCGGACGAGUGCAGGAAGGCGGCCAAGGAUCUGGUCAAGUACAUGAAGAAGGAGAAGCUGCUGUUCCGGGUGCGCGACUCGCGGCCCAACGUCUUCUGCUACCACUGCGCCGUCAAGAACGACCCGUGGACCAAGCGCUGCCGACGGCGAUACGACUCGGUGGUGGAGAUGCUGGAGAAGCACGCCGAUGUCAAGAUCCUGCCGUACUUCGAAGAGGACUUCCACACGGCGGAUCACCACGACGAGCCCGAGGCGAGCAGCGCCUGGUCAGCCGUCAUGGGACAGCCUGUUCCGACGUCGAGGUGGAGGUUUCUGUGA